AUGAGCGGGGCCGGCGGGGCCUGGGACCCGCCUUCCCCGGCCUCCAAGCACCGGCGCCUCGACUCGGCCUGCCAGUCGCAGAAGGAGACCGAGGCGGCCCAGGCGCUGGCCGACAUGACGGCUUGGGGCGGCGGGCGCCGCGAAACCGCCGCCGCCGAGCGGCAGGGGGCGCACCAGACCGCCGCCGCGGGGAGCCUGGAAACCGCCGGCCGGCAGGGGGCGCGCGAAGCCGCCGCGGCAGCAACCGCCGGGGGAAGCCUGGAAACCGCCGCCCAGCAGGGGGCGGGCGAAACCGCCACCCCGCGGAGCCCUGCAGGGAAGGACCCGGUUGCCCGCGAUGGCCGCGCCCGGCGGGACUCGGACGCCGACGGCGAAGAAGAGCGGACCGGGGAUGGAGAAAGCCCGGGAACCGUGAAAGGAGAGCUAGAAACCGCCGCCCGCCGCGCCAAGGGGAGCCUUGAAACCACCAAAUCGGCGGCGGAGGAGGAAGAGGAUGGGGGGGCGGGGGAUGGGCGGGAGGGCAGGAGGAAGAGGAAGGAGGCCAAGGAGAGGCGGAGGGUGGCCGAGCUCGCUGCAGCCGCGGAGGACGAGUGCUCCAUCAUCUCGGUGGGCGAGGAGGAUGAAGAAGAGGAGGAUGAGGACGGGGGCAGCGGGCGGCCAACCACGCCGCCCCCCAAGACGGAGCAGUACCUGGAGGCGCUGGAGUCCGUGCAGCUGGAGCUGGAGACCGUCAACCAGCAGGCCAGCCGGGCCUUCACCCACCUCAAGGCCAAGUUCGGCCACAUGCGGAGGCCCCACCUGGAGCGCCGCAACCGCAUCAUCCAGAACAUCCCCGGCUUCUGGGUCACCGCCUUUCUCAAUCACCCUCAGCUGUCAGCCAUGAUCAAUGACCGGGAUGAGGAUACGUUGAGCUACAUGACCAACCUGCAGGUUGAGGAGUUCACCCACCGAAAGUCCGGCUGCAAGAUCAAAUUCUACUUCAACAGCAACCCUUAUUUCCAGAAUGAGGUCAUCGUGAAGGAGUUCCAGUGCGGCUCUUCUGGCAGGCUGGUGUCCCACUCGACGCCCAUCCGCUGGUGGCGUGGCCUGGACCCCCUGGCUCACGGCCGGAAGAACUUUGAGAUGAACCGCAGCUUCUUCAGCUGGUUUUGCGACCACAGCUUCCCGGCCGGAGACCACAUUGCCGAGAUCAUUAAAGAGGAUCUCUGGCCCAACCCACUGCAGUACUACCUAAUGGGAGAGGGGGGUGAAAACGGUGAAGAAGACAGCGAGACAGAGAACGGGGAUGAUUUUGUGGUCAUCGUGGAUGACGACGGGGAAGAUGAGGAGGGAGAGGAAGAAGAGGAGGACGACGACGAGGGGACAGCGACGGCAGCAGAUGUGCAUGAGAUCAUGGAUGAGGAGGAGGCCGAACAUGGUGACGCCGUGGAAGAGAUCCUGAGCAGCCAAGAGGAGAGUGCGGCUGGUCCUGUGUCCUCCGCCCGCGAAGAGCCAGACGGGAAGGAUUCGGAGGCUGAAAAAGACGGCUAG